AGAUCGGUGUGCCUUUGGAGUUUGGCGUGUUCUUUGGAGGUCCUCCAGCUGAAAGCACAGGCUUAGCAAAUUCGUAUUUUAGACUCGUACCCUGUCGGACGGUGCGUUAUUGCACUCACCCUGCUCUGAAACCACGGGCAGAGAGAAAGUGAGGAGGCCGGAGCUCCAAUCAACUCAAUAGCGGCACAUUCCAUCUCAAAACAAUCCAGGUAACCAUUGAUUCAGCCUUUUCCGCAAUCAAAUCAAAUGUUUCGUCUAAUCUGCAUAAAGCUACCCCAACAAUUAAGGCGCAGAGCUUCACCAAUCUGCCAUGGCCACUUGUUCACAACUUCAUCUCUCAAAACCAUCCCAGAACUACCUAAUUCCACGGAUCCUAAAUCUCUUACAGUUUCCUUCCUCCGAAACUCAUGUGGGCUGUCCUUGGAGUUGGCUGCUUCAGCUUCCAAGAAGCUCGACAUUGAGAACAUAGAGAAUCCCAAUCUCGUUCUGGACCUGUUGAGAACUCACGGUUUGACGCAGAACCAAAUCAGACAUUUAAUUAGUAGUCGUCCGUUAUUGCUUUUGGCCGAUUUAGGCAAAACCCUUAGGCCCAACAUGGAGUUGUUUAAAUCCUUGGGGUUUUCUGGCGCUAGCCUCGCCAAACUGCUCAGCAAAGAUCCACGUGUGCUUGAGAGUGAUGCAUACACUGUGGUUGAGUUUUUUAGAGCACAUGGUUUCAGUGACGAGCAAAUAUCGACUUUGACCAUGAAGCGCCCGACAUUGUAUAUGCUCGAUACACAAAAGAUCCUUAAGCCAAAGUUAGAGUUUUUAAAAUCUUUGGGCUUUUCAUACCUCGAAAUUGCAAAUCGUUUAUCCAUAGAGCCCUAUAUUUUAGGAAGGAGUCUCGAAAACCAAAUCAUUCCUUGUGUUCAAAAGCUUAGGCGGAUUGUGGGCACUGACGAUAAUGUUUUAAAGGUGGUAAAGGCACGCUUCUCGUUGAUUGAAUUUAAUGUGGAAACAGUGUUACAGGCGAACAUAUCAAUAUUGCUAAGCCAUGGUGUUCCCAAUUCAUUAGCUGUUAAGAUCUUUUUGCUUGAACCAAGAUCGCUGCUUAUGAGGACUUAUCGGUUUAGUGAGAUUGUUAAUGAGGUUAUGAAACUGGGUUUUGAUCCCAAUAAUCUACUAUUUGUCCUAGCCAUCCGUUCAAUGGCAGUGGUGAGUAAAGCACUGUGGGAGAAAAAGGUGGAAGCUUUUAGAAGUUUUGGUUUGUCAAAGGAUGAAAUUGAUUUAGCAUUCAAGCUGCAACCAAUGUGUAUGAUUACUUCAGAGAAGAAGAUCGUGAAGGUGAUGGGGUUCUUUGUGAACAAUCUGAAGAUGAAGCCUUCAAUAAUCUCCAAGAAUCCGAAUCUUCUACUGUUUAGCCUGGAGAAGCGGAUAAUUCCGAGGUGUUCAGUUCUGCAACUUUUAAUGUCUAAGGGGUUGAUUAAGGAAGAUACUAGCAUACUUCAUGCGUUUAGAAUGACUGAGAAAACAUUCGUCAAGAAGUUAGUGCAAAAGUAUCAGAAUGAGGUUCCUGAUGUGAUUAGAGCGCACCAAGAUGAAUUUAGUAAAGAGUAGUACCUGAGCUUUACCGUUCCUCCAAGAUUCUGUAAGAAAGGCAAUUGCAAUAUUUCAUUUUUGAAAGUGACUUCCUGAAUUUUUGUUGUGUAUAAGCUCUUGCUACAUCCUAUAUCAGUAAGUGCCAACAAAUUAAUUCCCGACAGUAUUAGUUGCCAAUCUGUGUGUUGCUUCCUAUAUAUGUCAGCAAAAUCCUAAGAACCUAAGGCACAUUGUUUUAAAUGGCUGAACAAGUGUGGUGAUACCUUUCAAAAUCACUCCUGAGAACACCUUCAUCCUUGAACAAGAAAGAAUCAAUGAUGGGAAAAGCACCGGUGGCACUUUUUUUAAGCUUUGUUCUUCGUUCUCUUCUGCCUUUUAUGUUUACAUCUCAUUUUUCAAUUGAACUUGGUGGACACCAUAUUUAGUGAAAUAUAUGUACUUACAUUCACUUCU